CAUGCAGUUUCCGUUUUAAAUCCUUUUUGACGAGGUUCGGGUUUGACUUUUAUCUCCGGAUGUUUAGUUGUUUUACUCCUCAGCUACUGUUCCAGGUUCAGCUCCAGUAUGAGUGCAGUGCUUCCUCGGGUAGAGCAGCUGUCUGCCAGAGUGAUCCGGGUUCUGGGCUGUAAUCCGGGACCGAUGACCCUGCAGGGAACCAACACCUACCUGGUCGGCACCGGGCGAAGGCGAGUGCUGAUAGACACUGGAGAGCCUGCUGUGCCUGAAUACAUCAACAGUCUGAAACAGGCACUGAGGCAGUUCAACACCAGCAUCCAAGAGAUAAUCGUCACACACUGGCAUCAUGACCACACGGGUGGAGUGGAGGACAUCUGCAGGGAUAUCACUGGUUCUGAGGUCCGAGUCAGCAAACUGCCUCGCUCCAGCCAAGUCACUGAGACAGCCGGAGACAAAAGCUUUACUUAUCUAAAAGAUGGAGAUGUUGUCCAGACGGAGGGGGCCACACUCAAAGUGCUGUUCACCCCGGGCCACACUGAUGACCACAUGGCGUUGCUGCUGGAGGAGGAGCGGGUGCUCUUCUCUGGAGACUGCAUCCUGGGCGAAGGCACCGCCGUGUUCGAGGAUCUCUACGACUACAUGAAAUCUCUACAGAUCCUGCUGGACUCUCAGGCCGACAUCAUCUACCCUGGUCACGGACCGGUGGUUCAGGAUGCUGGCUCUAAGAUCAGACACUACAUCAGCCACCGGGACCAAAGAGAGCAGCAGAUCCUGGCAGCCAUUCAGGAUGGAGCAGGAAAGGCUUUUUCCUCAAUGGAGCUCGUCAAGAUCGUCUAUAAGGACACUCCAGAAUACCUGCACAAGGCGGCUAAUGUGAACCUGGUCCAUCACUUAAAGAAGCUGGAGAAAGAGGGCAAGAUCAGCCUGGUGAAUGAAUCUUCAAAGAACAUGAAAUGGAAGAGUAACCUGUGAUGUCCACGGAGACCGUGAAGAAAUGCACUCUAAUCGACCAUUUGGCAAGAAUGAUGAAAAUGCAUCUGGUCGACAGUUCAUCAUUUUUCAGUCUUCAGCAUAAUGUUUAGGGCUAAAUUUGCUUAGAUCUGCUGAUUGACAGAAAUGUUAAUGAUAAAUCAGGGAUGGUUAUCACACAUGUUUCCUUUAGCCUCUCAGGCAUCACUUUUGUUGACUUCAGACAAAUCUUUCUUCCUUUUUCUAUACGUGUAAUUUCUUACCGUAUAAAUCAUUGCGGGUCGGUGUUCCAUGCGCGCUCGCGUGUGGCUACGCUGUUCAGACAAGACACAAACUACCUGGAAGCACCACCGCAAACCGCAAAGUUGUAUCUAGUGAAGCCCGUCUGUUAAACAGUGUUGGCCG